UAUUAACUUCAAAAUACGGCGGAGAUCAUAUGAAGAGUAUACAUUUGUGCUAAGGGUCACUUUCGGCAUAAGUAUUGUACAGUCUAUGAUAAUUUCCAACUAAAGAGCACUUGAAUGCACCGUUAAGUAAAACUCAGAAAACGGAGCCUGUGAUGGGGACGUGAAGGCAGCAUCAGGCUCUGUACGAGUGUUACUGACAAAGCGGCAGACUUGAGAGUUGAAACUAGUCGGUGCAGGAUGGUUUAAACUUCAGCGAAGAACUUGACUAACAAAAUUCUCUGAUUUUUAAAUUACGAACUUCUCUUAACUUACUACUGAAAUCUGGCGUGUGAACGCGACAUUUUAUUUUAUUUUAUUUCACCACUGAGAUUGUUUUUUCAUUAAUUAAUAUUUUGUAUGUGAGCGCCUGUGUGCGUUUAAAGCCGGAUCGACCACGACAUGGCUGAGUUACCGCCACCGCAGGUCGAAAUAGACCCGGAAUUCGAGCCUCUCUCCCGCCCGCGGUCUUGCACCUGGCCGCUUCACAGACCGGAGCCCAACGACCCGGCCAGCUCCAACACAUCCUCUCCGGCACCGUCGGUGCAGCAGGAGCCGGGGGUUAACGCCGAAUUCAUCAGUAACCUCUGCUUGUUGGAGGAGGACUAUGAAGAAUAUGCAGAACAGAAACCACCUGUUCCCUGCAACAAUUUCCAAUGUCGGGAGGGAAACUGUUUGCAUCCGCACCACCACCACCACCACCACCACCACCAUCAUCAUCCUCAGCAGCAGCUCCCUGGCCCGCAGCUGCCGCCUCAGCAACAGGUGCCUCCUCCUCCUCCUCCUCCUGGGGUCGCACCCUUGGGCAGCUCCGGGCAGAGGAAGAGCAGCUCGUCCCGUCGUAACGCCUGGGGAAAUAUGUCGUACGCCGACCUGAUCACCAAAGCGAUUGACAGCUCACCUGAGAAGAGGCUGACACUGUCACAGAUUUACGACUGGAUGGUCAAGAGUGUGCCUUACUUCAAGGAUAAGGGAGACAGCAACAGCUCCGCGGGCUGGAAGAACUCCAUCAGACACAACUUGUCCCUGCACAGCCGCUUUGUGCGCAUACAGAACGAGGGAACGGGAAAAAGCUCCUGGUGGAUGUUAAACCCAGAGGGGGGUAAGAACGGAAAGUCACCUCGACGCAGAGCUGCCUCCAUGGACAACAACAGUAAGUUGGCCAAGAGCAGAGGAAGGGCCACAAAGAAAAAGAUGGCUCUGCAAGAAGGCAUAGAGGGAGGCGCAGGCAGCCCUAGUUCCCAGUACUCUAGCUGGCUGGGAAGCCCAAACUCUCACAGUAAUGAGGACUUUGAAGCGUGGAGUUCUUUCAGGACCCGAGCCAGCUCUGAUGCCAGUACCCUGAGUGGUCGCCAUUCACCUUUCCUUGCUGAACAGGAUGACCUGGGGGAGUCUGAUGGGCACAUGAUGUAUCCUGGAGUGGCAGGGACCAAGAUAACCUCCACCCUGCGCAGCCUGUCUGAGGUGGCUGGAUCCAUGGGCCAGCGUGGCUCAGAAAACGUUAUGGAGAGUCUGUUGGAUAACCUGAACCUGCUGUCUCCAAAACCCCCACAGCUGGGUUCUGACUCCUCACUUUCCCCAAAUGCAGCUGUCCGUCAGAGUGCCCCCUACAGCUCCACUGGCUUGACCCCGCAUCCACAGCAGGACUACCGUAAGUGCAUGUACAGCCAGGUGAGGAUGAACUCUCUGUCCCCUGCUCCCAUGCAGACACUCCCAGAGACUAAGCCAGGCUUUGGGGCUUAUGAGAACCAGUAUAUCUGCCAUGCUGGCCUCCUCAAAGAGCUGCUGACCUCAGAUACGGACGCCAGUAGAGACAUGAUGCCCUCUAGGGAUCCACAGUUGUCUCAAGGUGGGAGGGGAAGUUGUCUCAUGUCCACUUACAGCAGCCAAAGCCACAUGGGGGGUCAUAAUGGUGUAAAAAUGAUGAAUCCUCUGCAAAGCCACCCAGUUCCUCAUGUAAAUCCACAAGUUAUACAUAGCCAGGGUCCUUCAACCUCACAAGACUUAAAUAGCUGUAACAUGAUCCCCCUGACUAGUCUGACUAGUCUUUCAGGGGCCACUCCUCGAAUGACCAGCCUGAGGACAUUCACACAGUUGCCCCGUGGACACCCAGCACACACUAAUGAUGUUUCAGCAAGCUUUGGCAACAACAGUGGCUACAGGGAACUUAAUUUGGUUCAUCCACAGAGUCAUCAUCAAGAGCGGCUGCCCAGUGACCUGGAUAACAUGUCUAUUGAAAAGUUUGAAUGUGACUUGGAGACCAUCCUCCAUGAAACCCUCAUGGAUGGUGGGGCGCUGGACUUUAACUUUGACCCAGCAGCUGCACCUCAUGGGUUUCCUCAGAGGGUGAAGACCACCACACACAGCUGGGUGUCGGGCUAGGAUGUAUGAUGGCUCACAUACAGGUUUUUCUUAACCCCACCUUCAUUCAGAGACCGGAAAAUGUAGAUCAGAAGAAGCCAACACCAUCCUUGUGUACAUCUGACACAGUUAUUUUCAAAAGUUUACACACUCUUGAGUUGUGGCUCCAUGUGUAACAUAACAAGUUACCACUUCGAAAGAAGUUUAACAUUCAGAUGCAAAUACUGAUAUAAGACACAAUACCUAAAACUGUUGUCAUUCAUAACAGAGCUGAACAUUGGGAAAAACAUUUUAAGAUAGCCCUGCAGUGAGAAGCCUGCAUUAGCUACCUACUCUUGUUUACAAUGACCUGUCAAAAACUGGAUAUAUGUAUAUAUUUAUUUUUGCUGAUUCAUGGCAUAUGAAAAAUAUACAGUAUAGUAUAUUAAAUAAGACGGAACACAGUGUAAGCGUGCCUGACAAAAAUAGUGGAGCUUAAAUAAUUUCUCAUUUGACCAACAGAGUUCAUUCAUCCAUUGUUUUAAGCAUAGUUAUCUAUGGUUUUGACUGAACUUUGCAGCCAUCAGUGGGCUCUGCUGAGAAUAUAUGUGGGACUUCAAGGUGCAGUGGAGAACACAACAACUCAGUAAUAAAUUAGGGUUUAACCACACACUGCUCUCAUUGUCAUAUUAAGGAGCCAGUUUUGGGGUAAUUCUUAGCCAACACAUUAUCAGCAGUAGCAGCGUAUCCACAGUUUAAGUCAGCUCAUUAAGCAGUGAUAAUUGGUCAAGUGCUUAAAGUGUUACUUAUGAUUUAAUAAUGGGACCCAAAACUUUAAAGGAGGACUUGAUAUUGCAUUCUAGUAGAUCAGAGACCCAUUAAAUCUGAUGUUUUAUGUGGGUCAAUCAGUGAAAUAAUUAGUGUGGUAUCAUCCGUAUAGCGACUUAUAAUCAUAAAAUAUUCUGAUUUUACACAGAACUUAAAUGUUGAUCGACAGAUGUUGUAGUACAGUGCUGUCAAAUUCACUCUCGAUUUGAAUAUCGGCCAUAUCUCCUCACCAUUAGAUGUCAUUAGAGGCUGUGAGACGAGCUGCAUCCAUAACUGAAAUGAAUUCAUCAUUCGUAUACUGUAUGAAGGUAUUUAUUUAUGUUUUAUUUUAAUUGUAGCUUUUUUGGAUUCUGGCUUUGUUCUUGGUGUGCUUGUAAAACUAUGUGUCCAUGCUGUGUAGAAUGUAUAUACUGUUUGGUUUAAAUAUUGUAAUACUGUAUUUUGAUUGAUUAAAUUAAUAUUGAAUAAAGAAACUACAGAUAGUUUCUAGAUGUUAGCCCCUAAAAACACUUGACCGAAAAAAAAAAGAAAUCAAAACUGCAUCAGACAAACUGAAAAAAUAGUUGAAGUGAAAGCUGUUUUUAUCAUUUCCUGAAAAAGGGACAUUUUGGAGAAUUUGACUCACCUGACUUCAACUGUGUGAUAGCAGUAGGUGGAGAGCUGGCAAUGAAAUCUUAAACUGACUGGAAAUGGAUGAUGGUCUUCAAAGAUUAACGAGCACAGCACAGGAUUUGUUUGCUAUUUACCUCCCAGCAGCUACAGUUUUUAUGCACCAAAGAGUUGUCUACUCUACCAAACACAUUUCAAAGAAAGUUUGCCAAUUCACUGUGCCUACAUGGUCUCACUGACUUGUACAUAAUAUUUUCCUCAGUAGUACAUUUUUGUAUAUGAAGGGUUUAUAAGACUAGUAUUAUAUAUGUAUGAUUGUGUUAAAAAUGGCUGUUUACAUAACUCAGUCCAAUCUAUAUCUAUAAAUAUAUGAACACUCGUACCUCAAAAUAUUUUACCUCUGAAAUGCUGAAGGGAUAUCUCCUGCCAUUUUCCUCAGUGAGUGAUGUAUUGAAUUUGCCUUCUUUUUUGAAUUUGACAUACCUAGUUUUGUACAUAUAUUUUGUUUUCUUUUUUGUAUUUGAUUAAUGCUGUUUGGACCCAUUCAAAGUGAUGUAUUGUCUGCUUUUGUAUUUCUAAUGUUUUCUUGUGUUUGAGGAUUAUAGCCAUUAGUUUACAGUAAUUACUCUGUGACAGCACAAUUUUAAAUUAAAUAUGGAUUUCAGUGAAAGCAUCACCUAAUCAGGCCAAACUCAAGGGAAGGAAUUAAAUCCACCAAACAUAAUUCAGUUAUAUUGUAGAGCAAUGGAAAAGUUCUACAUCUGUAAUUAUAAAAGCUUAUCAAAAAUAAAUAGGUGCAAAUAGCUACCUGGCACAAAUGAGAUUUUGUUACAAGUGCCUGAGCCUGCUAUAUUAUGAAAAAGACAGUAUAAUGCAGUUUUGCUCUUUAAUAUCCACAUCCAGGUAUUUUUGAAAGAAUGCAGUUUUUUAUAUGUAAGCCAUUCAAUGCAUAAAUCAUUUUGUGAUCUUGCAAUUAAAGGAAGAAAAACAUCUGUUA